AAGGGUGCCCAGAUUGCGCAUUUGUGUUGCUGACUGUGUGCAGAACGCUUGUGAACGCUCAUUCUGCUGUGGGACUGAACACUCAUGCGAUGAGAGGCUCUGUCGUGCUUUCACUCUGCAUCCUGAUCCAGCUGAGUCUACAAAACACAGCGAAAGCAGAGGAUGGACUUGUUUUGCAAACCAAACUUGGGGCCCUGAAGGGUGAAUAUGUGAAAGCGAAGGGAAAGGACACAGUUGUCCAUUCCUACCUGGGCGUUCCCUUCGCCAAGCCGCCCGUGGGCCCACUGAGAUUUUCUCCUCCCCAGCCUGCAGAGAAAUGGGACGGAGUGAGAGACGCUUCAAAACAGCCGUUCAUGUGUCUGCAGCAAAAGCAGUUAAUUGUAGACUUGGCAGCCAAUCUGUCUAUGAAUGUAGAGAUUCCUGAGUCAUCAGAAGACUGUCUAUACCUCAACAUCUACACACCCUCUAAACCUGGAGCAAAUGACAAGUUGCCUGUCAUGAUUUGGAUUCACGGUGGAGGUUUUUCUUCGUGCUCUGCGUCACUGUUUGACGGACAUGUUUUGGCUGCCUAUCAGGAUGUAGUUGUGGUUCUGAUUCAGUAUAGACUUGGCCUACUUGGAUUUUUCAGCACGGGAGAUGAACACGCGCCAGGAAACUAUGGUCUUCUGGAUCAGGUUGCUGCUCUUCGGUGGGUUCAGGAGAACAUCCACAGCUUCGGUGGAGAUCCUGGAUCAGUGACCAUCUUUGGAGAGUCUGCCGGAGGAAUCAGUGUGUCUUUACAUGUUCUUUCUCCAUUAUCGGCAAACCUCUUCCAUCAUGCCAUUGCAGAGAGCGUAUAUGAGAUUUUUCUUUCCCACGAGUUUAACAAAGUGCCUCUGAUCACCGGAAUCACUGAUGAUGAGUGGGGAUAUGUGAUGCCUAAUUUCUUUUCACCUCCAGGAUGGACAGAUGGGAUGGACAUGGAGCAGAUCUUGCCAAUUCUGACCAUGUUUAAUCCUACUCUUCAGGAUCAGUUAGUUGCUGAGCUGGUUUUGAAUGAGUAUCUGGGCACAUCUCCUGACAAGACCAAAAUCCGAGAUGGAUUUCGAGAGAUAAUGGGGGACUUUAUGUUCAACAUCCCAGCUCGUAAACUGGCGAAUUACCACAGAGAUGCAGGUGCACCAGUAUACGUGUAUGAAUUCCAGCAUCCUCCCAGUAUACUUCAAAAGAAAAGACCCAGUUUUGUUGGAAGUGACCAUACGGAUGAAAUUGUAUUUGUUUUUGGUUCUUGCUUUGCAGAUGGACAUAUAAAGCUGAAAGAGGAACUCUCAGAAGAAGAGAAUGAACUUUGCAGAACUGUCAUGGCUUACUGGGGAAACUUUGCUUGCACUGGGUCUCCAAAUGGUCCUGGUCUGACACACUGGCCUGAAUACGAGGAUGAGGCGGAGUAUCUCGCCAUUGGACUGGAACAGAAAGAUGGGAAGAACCUGAAGGGGAAACACUAUGCAUUCAUGACCCAGACACUCCCAGAUCUCAUCCGUCAAAGCCAAGAGAAAAGAGAGCGCUCAGAACUGUAAAAAACUCUGCUGUAUCAGAAAUGAACACAAAGCACUUGCAUGUAUGGAUGACACACAAAAAAAUUAACUGUGAUUUAAUGUAAGAAUCGAAUUAAUUAACCUGAGAAAGUUUAUUUUGGUGCUAAAGUUUAAAUUUGAUAGCAAAUUUACAAUUUGAUCAUAUGACAAAUAAAUAUCCAAGCAACUAAUGAAGGCGAAAUUAAUAUAAAUUCUAAUUAAUUCCAAUAAUUUAUAUCAGCUGCCAGUAGUAACCGUAACAGAAUUAAUAUUUCCAUCAACUAAUAAGUUCUCCAAGCGAACAUUCAGUGUAAUUUCAUAACAACUUCAUUUUCAUAUCAACAAUUUCAGAAAUGAUAUUUGCAUGGCCAUAGAAAAUAACUUAAAGUACUGGUGCAUUAGAGCAUAACCAGAUCGGAUCGUUAAAGGGACACUGGUUUACAAGCAGUGGCAGAAUCAGAAAUUCAUGCAAUUAGUGCACAAAAGUUUUAUUAACCAAACACUAACACAUAACUAGUCUAAACAAACACAUAUAUGGGGGGAAGGGCAAAUGCAGCUGAAUGAAUGAAACCGUUAGAGAAACAGGGAAUAAAACUAUGAAAAGAAGACAGUUAACCACCUGAGUGAAACCAUCAGUGCUGUUUUCCAGCGGGGUCUGCAGCUUCUACUAAACCUCGGUUUCGUUUGGUUAAAUGUAUGAUUCUUGCACUGAGCGUCCGGAUGCAGUCUCAGAUGAAAGUCUUGAUGGUUCGAGAGUUCCACAUUCAGUGUUAUCAGAUGAGUAGUCAUUGCUUGCCAUGGUAACCAGAGGCCUGGUCUUCCUUUUUGGGGUGUUAGUUACUCUUCGGGGGUUGUCCACAGAACAAGUUUGGAUUUUUGGCGAGGGGGUUUGCUGGAUUAUUCACUAAAUAUAAUGAAUAAUUGUGUCUGAUUGGUCCAAAUGCUACAGCACUUAGAAAUAAAAGUCGGAAAACAUU